CAGUAGGUUGUUAGUAGUAGAACUUAUUGUAGUUCGCUUUUCAGUAGUGAUCUUCACGUCGCCAUGGCCAGUAUAAUAAAUUUUGUUGCGGAUGUGGCAACGAAUCGCUCUUGGACAACGCCGAUAUGUGUCGCAUUGCUGCUGUUUGAGGCUGUCCUCAAUGUUGCUGUGAUUUGGAAAGUCCCUUACACAGAGAUCGAUUGGGAGGCGUACAUGCAGGAGGUGGAGGGAGUUGUGAACGGAUCCUACAACUACUCGACGCUUGAAGGUGGCACCGGACCACUUGUCUAUCCGGCUGGCUUCGUCUACGUCUUCCUCGCUUUCUACUACGUUACAUCGUACGGUGCUAACAUACGCCUCGCUCAGUACAUCUUUGCUGGUCUGUACAUGCUGAAUCUUGGCUUAGUCUUCAAGCUGUACCAUGCCACGAAAAAGGUGCCUCCGUUUGUGCUAGCCGCCAUGUGCCUGGUGGCGUAUCGCAUCCACUCCAUAUUCGUACUGCGCCUGUUCAACGACCCGCUGGCCAUGAUUCUGCUCUACCUGGCCGUCAAUCUGUUCGUGUCGGGCCGGUGGACCACAGGAUGUGCCGUGUUCAGCCUGGCAGUGUCGGUCAAGAUGAACAUUCUUCUGUUUGCGCCGGGGCUGGGCAUCCUGCUGCUCCAGUCACUGGGUCCAGUGCGCACGUUUGUCAACAUUGCAAUGUGUGCAGUGAUUCAGGUUGCCCUUGGUGCACCUUUCCUGCUGGUAGACCCCAUGGCGUACAUGAGCCGCUCGUUCAACCUCGGCCGCCAGUUCUUCUUCAAGUGGACGGUGAACUGGCGCUUCCUGGCCGAGGAGACGUUCCUGGAUCGGCGCUUCCACGCCGCUCUGCUUGCCCUGCACCUACUGCUGCUGAUCUCCUUUGCUCUCUUCAGAUGGACAAGGUCUCAAGGCGGUGUUGCCGCAUUGUUCCGCACUGUCUACCCAUUAAAGAAGCUGUCAGCGGAUCAUAUCAUCACCGUCCUGUUUGCCAGCAAUCUGAUUGGCAUGGCAUGUGCACGCUCACUUCACUACCAGUUCUACGUCUGGUACUACCACACCAUACCCUAUCUACUCUGGUCUACCUCCUUGCCAACUGUCAUCAGGCUUGCUCUUCUACUCGGCAUCGAAGUGGCGUGGAACGUCUACCCGUCGACCAACUGGAGCUCGGCUCUGCUCCAUGUGUGCCAUGCCAUGCUGCUCGCUGCUCUCUGGAUAAGCAAAUCCCCAGCUCCGGCGGCGGCUACGCCUAAGCAAGAUUAAUACAUCCCAGUGUAGGUGCUGGCUGUCUAAGUCAAUAAGUGGCUGGUUUUGCUGGCAAAAUCGGGCCCACACUAAGUUACCGCGUAAUACCUAUUUACAUUUUUUAUUCAUUUUUAAAAUUACUUCAAAAGUAUUUUUCCUUGAUGCGAACGAUAGGAUUCGUUUUGCUUCACUCUCUUCUUUACAAAUCUCUCACCUUAUCAGGUAAAGUAACAGAGUGCCUGUACUCAGUUUA